GAUUAGGCAGGUUUUGGGUUUCCAAACAUCAGCCUACACUUUGAGGAUCCUGCAAGAUGACCUACAUUAUGGGGGUGUAAGUGUAGGAGAAACUGAGAUUUAACUUGUAUGGAUGAGCCUGGACCGCAGCUGGUAUUGAUUGUGAGAGUCAGCUGAGCUGGACUGACCAAUCUCGCUAGCCAUCUGGACAAAGACUCCUUUUAUUGCUGAGCAUUACAGAAGAAGGAAAGCAUGGAGGGCUUCGAGGGAGCCUGCAGCGGCGAGACCGUGCUGGAUUUGUCUCAUCUGAGCUUCAACAGCGUGAGUUUCGACGCCCUGAGCGACAAGAGGAGAGAAGUGACCAGGCAGCUCCAUCUGUGCUACAACAGGCUGACGGACCUUCCAGCCUCCAUCCAGCGCUUCAGCAACCUCGAGUUCCUGGACCUGAGCAACAACGGACUCUCGGUGCUGAGCGAGGGCAUCACCCGCCUGACCAAGCUCAGGACCCUCAUAGCCAAGAACAACCGCCUGGACGAGUUCUCCCUGCCCAAAGAGUUCGGCUCCCUGCAGCUGGAGGUGCUGAACUUCAGCGGGAACCGCUUCGAGGAGAUCCCGGCGCAGGUCCUCCAGCUCCGCCGCCUGCAGUCGCUCUCGCUCGGGGGUAACAGGCUGAAGAGCAUUCCGGCCGAGAUCGAGAAUCUCACCAGUUUGGAGUUGCUGUAUUUGGGAGGGAAUCUAAUCUCUGAUAUUCCGGCGGAGCUGGCCGACCUGCCUGGCCUCAGCUAUCUGGUGCUAUGUGAUAACCGCAUCCAGAGCAUCCCCCCACAGUUCACCAGGCUUCAUUCCCUGCGUUCCCUCAGUCUCCAUAACAACCUCCUGACCUAUCUGCCCCGCGAGAUCCUCAGCCUAGUGCAGCUCCAGGAGCUCAGUCUCCGUGGCAACCCUUUGGUCGUGCGCUUCGUCAAGGACAUGACAUAUGACCCCCCUUCGCUGCUGGAGUUGGCGGGUCGUACCGUCAAAACACGCAACCUUCGCUACUCAGAGCAGGACCUGCCAGGCCAUCUGGUCAAUUACCUGGACCUUGCCAGCAAGUGCCCCAACCCCAAGUGUGCGGGUGUGUACUUCGACUCGUGCGUGCGCCACAUCAAGUUUGUGGAUUUCUGUGGGAAGUACCGGCUGCCGCUCAUGCAGUACCUGUGUUCCCCAGAAUGCACCUCUCCCUGCAGCUCCAACCCACAGAGUGACGCCGACUCGGACGACGACCAGACCGUGCCAGUUGACCGCCUGCAGAGAGUGCUGCUGGGAUAGCGCUGUUCAUUCACUCCUCCUAUUCUUUCUCUCUCUCUCUCGCUCACUCUCACUCUCUGGUGCUACUUCACCAAACGCUGAACUAUGUGACAUGUUUCAGGUCUGCCAACUGAGGCCAAAAAUACUUUUUCUUUGUUCAUUUUUUGAAGCAUGUUGAGAGUGAAGUGCUCCUGAGUGAUGGGAGAGCUUUUCUACACUACACACUCCUAGUAACUCUAAUAACUGUCUUUUGAAAAAAGGGACAUCUGUUCCUUUUGUAACCAAGUAAUUCAGAGUCCCUUCGUUUCUUUGUUUUGGAGACUGAAGAGAGCGUGACGGGCCUGCAGCGGUGUGUCUUUCCCUGCUCGUUUGUGUGUUUACACAAUUAAAGACUGUUAAGGCGUUAAAGGGAAAUUCAAUCGUUAAGAUGUAAACAGUCAUUCAGGGUGGUUUGAUGUGAAAUGGUUCAUUUUAGAGAAACUUCCAAGCUCAGAUUUCUUUACAGUGUUGGUGAUAGGAACCAGGAGUCUGAUGCAUACAACACAGAUGUGGGUUAUAGGGUUGGGCGAAGUCUGCCUAACUGGCUUAAGUUGGGAGGGUGGGGGUAGUAUUCUUUAUUUUUCUCGACACAUGUUCAUCAGUUUAGAUCUCUGGGUAAGUAAUCAAUAUAGUUUUCCCUGGAUUUAAAGCAGGCAAAGCCUGUUAGUGAGGCAAAGUGGGAGCAGAGAAAUAUGAUUUUUUUGCUUGGAGCGCAAAGCGGCUUUUCAGAAAGCGUAGCAUCAAGUGUUCUGUCUCGCUCUGAAAUCACGCUCUAUCCCAUGAGCCAGACAGUGUUUUCUUCCACACUGACUACCUCUGCGUGACAUUAGUGAUGCGGCAAGGCUUAUGGUGAAAGGGUGGAGCAUCACAAUGCUGUCUCAUCAUCGCAAUUUUCGGCAGCCAUUGACAAUGAACAGUGGCAUCGUCUAUCAGCCUGUUAGGUUGCAGUGUAAAUAUGUAUCUAAAAUGACCACACAUGUUUUCUCAGUUUUUGUAUGUAAUGUUUAUAAUGGUAAAAUGGGGAAAGGGAUACGUUUUCUUUGGGAACUAUUUUGCCUUAAUGAUUUAGCUUUUAGAGACAUUAAACUCUUCAGACAUCUGGUUCCGAUCA